UCAAUAAAAUUUCCUGGAAGAGAGAAGAAGAAGUGAAACACAUGGACAGAAUUCUGCGAGCUGAGCUUCUGAAGAGACCUCAGACAGCUGAACAUCCAUCUUGAGUGCCACUUUAAGGUGGCUUGAUCUUCACUUCCAGCUUUCUGCCACCUCUUGGACAUGGCAUAGAGAAAUUGACGUGAUUAGCUUUUGAUGUUUUUCCAGGGGAAACCACCCAACAACAUUCAAGCAGGAGAUGAGGAUGCAGGGAGCUGAACCUUCUACUGGAUGAUUACGGGAAUCGCGGAAGGAAACAUUCCUUCACCAUGGCUUGCUGCAACAGCCAAGCAAGUACGUCUGAGGAAGAGGCACCGCCGUUCUCUGUCUCUUUCUGUCGGAGCCAAGGAGAUGAAUACUCUGAUUCCUGGAGGAAAGAGCUUCUCAAUGGACAAGUGCUUCUGGUGCUCACCGCUAACGAGGUCCAUCCUUCCACCCCUUUUGAUGUGGAUAUUUGGGCAGAGAGACUGAAGACCAUGGGAAUCCAGGUGACAGCAGACCAGUGGGAAAAUCUAAUUCAACGCGCUGUGCUGGAGCCGAAAGUGAAAAAGUACCUCUUCUACAACUCGAGGGCAUUUGGGAUAGCCAUCACUGUGGUUUUGUAUGUGACUCUCUGGAUCAAUCUUUAUUCCACCCUGCAAACGUUCUCCAUCGGAAAAUCUUGGAAAGUCAGUAUCUUGGUCACUGCGGUGGCCCUGGUGAUUGCUUUGGCCAUCAGACUCAUCACUCAGCAUUACCAAAAUAAGAUGAAUCCGAAUACUGACAUGAGGCUGGCAGCUGCCAACGAAGCCUUCAUGAAAAACGAAUUCUUGGUGGGAUUCACGGAUAUCCCAGACAAACAUCACAGCAUCCCGCAGCUAUGGUUUGUUCACUUCGACGUGGGACCAUGCCUUCACUCCUUGGCAGACUCGGUGGCAGAAAUGAAGAGGAACCAGCAGACUGCUCUGAAACACAGUCAGGAUAAACUCUGUAUUGUCAUUGAGACAGCCAUCCUUCCAAGUCUGGAAAAGAAGCCGGGAAGUUCUUUAGAGGAUUCUCCGCUCUUGCCUGAGGAAAAGAAUAGCAACUGGGGCACCCUGACCUGCCGGGAUUUCCUCCAUCUUCUCCCAGAUGGAACGCCGGAGGUGAUGGCCCAUCAGCUAUUGACGGUCUACAGCAGCUAUUACGUACGGCUCUUGGUCAGUGGUCAGCUUCCAGAGGUCCCUGUAGGACGGCACGUAGCACUUGUCCGGACCCCCUGCCUCUGCCAAUUCAUCGAGACGAUGGUGCUGAGGGAGCGAUUCUCUUGGUUCAACCUGAGGUGACCCAUCCAGGCUGAAAUGGUACUUGUUGUUCCAAUGUCAAAUGCAGAGAAUCAGCUGUUUCAGGCAGGCCAGCUUCAUCCUGGAGGAAAUAGCGACAGGUCCCUCUGUCCUCCAUGUGCUAGAGUUGGCCAGCAGAAAUUUUCCAGAAGACACUCUUGCCUCGUGUAGUGCUCCAUCGGGCCAAUGAUGCAUCCAGCACACAUGACUGCCGGCAACUCUCCAAGGUCCUGGAGCGACAUAUGUUCCACAUGCCACAAGUACUUGAGGCGGAUUCAAGGCGUUCUUUUCCCAGAUCUCAGCUCACUGUAUUUACUGUAAUGGCCGAAGUAUUUUUGUAUGAAGUCAUGCAGGAGACACCCUCUCACUGGGAAAGGGUGAGACCAAAGCGAAUGAUCAAUCAAUCGGCCUGAGUCAGUUUAACGGCAGAUGAGAUCUAAACAACGCUUGCCUCCUUCCAGACACUUACAUAUUAAAAAAAAUCCUGCCAGCCUUCCCAGACAUGUAAGAAUGCAAAACAUGGUCUCAGUCUCAUCUCUUUCUGGGAAGAAAACAAUUGCUUUUAGCCGAGAUCAAAGACCUGCUUUGAGAAAUAGCCUACUGUGGUUGCUGGGCAAUGGACAGACGAAUGGAGAAUUCCCUUGAGCUGCAACUGAUCUUGGACACUGUGCAAACUGAAAACAGCAACACUGGGAAUGUUCAGAGAACACACUAAGCCAUGGUUAGCCCAGUAACCCUUUUGCAGCCAAGAGUGAGUGAGUGCGUGUAAACCGUGGUUAUGUAGUCACCAUGGUUAGGAAGGGUUCGCACGACAUGCUAAGCCAUAAUGUUUAGCUCGAAAUGCUUAAGCACCGUGGCUUAGCAUGUCAUCUGAACAGGGUCUCUGUUAGGUUGAUGUCUCCUCUUCUGGUCUUAGGGCCCUGGUAAAGCACCAAUCGAGGUGCCCUCUAAAACUGAUCCUGGAAUGACUGUGCUGUGGGAUUAAAGAACUGCAUUCCUAUUC